AUGGAGACAAGCGAACUUCUGGCGGUGCUUUUGCCACAUGUUCGUCGUUCUCUUGAAGUAGCUCAGAUUGAAGCGCCCGAUAUCAUUCUGCUGCUCGAAGCAAAAGUCGGUUCAACGACGGCUCCCAAUGUAGAUCAUUUUCUACUUCGAACCUUGAGACGGAUGCCUCUAUCAGCACUCCUUGGCUUGAUCAUGGCGAGAGAUGGCCUUCGGCCCUUCCUCGAGGAGCAAUGCGAAGUGCUGCGCUGCCGUUUGGGGUGA